CAAAGUGCACAACGUUUGCAACGGUAUAUUACCGCACAAUUUAUGACGCGCAUUUUCUGUUGGUUUGUGGUAGUAGAUCACAAUAUUUUGCUACAUCGGGGUGCUAUCUCUUAAGCAAACCAGUGUUUACUUUUCAUUGCAAAACAACGUUGUUCGGUAUAAACGUAUAUUUUCUUUCAACCAGGAUUGCAGAGUUUAAAAAGUUGCAAAUAGCAGCACAAUUUGCAACAUAAUCUGUAUCAUAAAGAAAAUCAUUUGUAAUGUAUGAAACUGACAACAGAUAAAUCUACAUAGAAAGUCUGAGGGAAUAUACCUGUCAGGAUCUCCCAUGUUUCCUCGCUAGUACAGAUGCAAAUAUUGCUGUUUUGCGUGCGGUUACUGUAUAUUCUUUCUAAAUAUAGCACAGAUAAAACGACCGCAUAUCAUUUGUUGCAUUGUGAGAUUUAUUGAAACAACAACAAAGUGAUCUGCCAAAUUAAAGGUAUAUCAAUGCUUUCCAAGUUGUACUGUAGGUUAGAGUCGUUCGUCUUUCCAAAUAAUUCAGACAAAUAACACUGAUUACAAAUUGUUCCCAAACAACAAAAUAAACUUCAUAUUUAAUACUGUGCAUAUAUGUGCAGGGCAGAAGGGAAGGAAUAUGAACAACACUGUCAUUGAGCUAAUAUCAGAGACUUCCUCUGAAGCCUUACUGAAUGAGCUGCACAAGCUGAGGCUCUUGGGACAUCUCUGUGACGUGACCAUACAGGUGGAGCACCAAGGGGUCAUCGAAGAGUUUGGUGCCCACCGGCCAGUACUGGCAGCAGCCAGCAAGUACUUCAAAGAACAAUUUCUUGGUGAGAAAGCUGAGAAUGGCCCUGUGGCCUUAGUUUGCUUGCAGGACAUGCAGGCUGCAGAUUUUGCUUCCUUUUUGGAGUUUGUUUAUACUGCAAGAGUGGAGGUUGAAAAAGACAGAGUUCAAAAGAUACUAGAGGUGGCUAAAGCACUGGAGUGUUGUGACCUGGUGGAAACCUGUAGCCAAGUAGAGAAUAUUGAUGGUAGGGCAUAUCACAUGCAAGUCAAAGCAGAAGCCAGCUUACAGCCUGUGUGCUCAGAACUGUUAAUACAUUUGGAUGGAAGCUGCAAGGGUGGCAUGAAAACAGGUCUGCAGAGUGGAAAACCGGCAGACAAAGCAGAAAGGAAAAAGGAAGCAAGCAAAGCUGUGCAAGCAAAGAGCAGAAGAUCCAGCACAAGAUUAGCCGGGCGCAAGGUAUUUGUGGACAUUCCAAAAAAGAAGUACACCAGGACGCUAAAGGAAGAGCAAAGAGCUACAGAAGAAACUUCAGAUGUGGGGAGCUCCGGAGUAGGGCAAUCCACUCCUGAUGCAGAAAUGGAAGAGGAAGAGGAGGUUACAGGAGUUCAGGCAGAAAGUGCCCAGGAGAAAGAUUUCCUUGAUAAUGAUAACCAGGAUGUUGCUGAGGAAGGUUGCAAUGACCAUAAAUCUGAGAUGGAGGAGGACCACCCAAAGGAUUUGGAAGAAAGUGACAAGGGCAAAAGUGAGAUGUUCAGAUGCGAUACCUGCCAGCGUGAUUUUCAAUAUGAAAAGAGCUACUUGAAGCACAUCCAGUUAAGUCAUGGCAUCAUCCCGGUAAUUAUCUAUCGCUGUGACACCUGCAACCAGACCUUCGCCAAUCGCUGCAACCUAAAAAGCCACCAGAGACACGUCCACAGCAACGAACGCAACUUCCCCUGCGAGAUCUGCACCAAGAUGUUCAAGAGAAAAAAAGACGUGAAGAGGCAUGUGCUCCAGGUGCACGAGGGGGGUGGGGAGAGACACAUGUGUCCACAGUGUGGAAAAAGCUUGAGCUCCAAAACUGCCCUCAAGCUCCAUGAGAGAACUCACACUGGAGAUAAGCCUUAUGAAUGCCCAGAGUGUGAGACCAAGUUCUCCCAGCCCUCUGCGCUAAAGACACAUAGGAGAAUUCAUACAGGGGAGAAACCAUUUAUCUGUGAUGAAUGUGGUGCAAAGUUCACACAAAAUCAUAUGCUAAUAUACCACAAGAGAUGUCAUACAGGGGAAAAACCUUUUAUGUGUGAGACCUGCGGGAAGAGUUUUGCCUCCAAGGAAUACUUAAAACAUCAUAGCCGAAUGCACACUGGAUCAAAACCGUUUAAAUGUGAUGUCUGUGCCAGAACAUUUGCACAGAGAAACUCGCUUCACCAGCACCUGAAAGUGCAUACAGGUGAGAGGCCGUACUGCUGUGAUCAGUGUGGGAAGCAGUUCACUCAGCUAAAUGCUCUGCAGCGACAUCAUCGCAUUCACACUGGGGAGAAGCCCUACAUGUGCAGGCUGUGUGGUCGAAAGUUCACUGAUAAAUCCACAGUUAGAAGGCAUACUAUGAUCCAUGAUAAAGAAACACAUUGGAAAAACUUCCUGGUCAUUCUCGACAGCAAUUCCAAAAAAGAUCCCAAACGAAGGAUGAAACAAGGUGACCAAACAGAGUUUUCGAAACUUCAUGAAGAGUCGUCGUCUUGUUCUGAAACGAUGGCGGAUCAAACUGAAGCAGCCCCAGAAGAAACUAGAAUAGAGUCUGAACAAGUGCCUUCUGCCACUGAGUGGAACUCAGCUGGUCCAGCAGCCAUCACUUUGGUUAAUCAGGGAGCCUCUAUAGCCACUGCAUUGAGUGGCUUUACUGUGAUUCACACAGAUGCAGCUCAGCAUCACCUACAAGCAAUGGUAAAUAUAGAGCACAUUGGUGAAACUAAUACUCAAGUGGUAUCGCUGGACAAUCAAGUCGGCAUUACUGUUCCUGUCUGCAUACCUGUCUUGAGUCAAAUUAACAAUAUUUUGACCCGGUCAUCUGCAACCGUGCAGGAUCCUAGCAGUACAGCUGUCCCCAUGCCAUCAGAGGAGCCCCAGCUAACUGUGAUGCAUAAUGUCAGUAUUCAAGCCGUGGAAGGUACAGCUAAUAAUGUAAACUGCAUUGUGCCACCAGAAAUGUAAAACAAGGAUUGUGCAUGGCCAAAACUCUCUUUGUUGCAUUUCUUUUUGAAAGCUAUGAAUGGUAUGAGCAGGAAGACUCAUGUCGCACCAAUUUCAGCUGAUUUGUUAUUCAAUGCAAAAUUGUUGAGUCAAACCAGUUGAUACAGAUUUCCUUUCUGCCUUAAAUUUUCACUAGCAGUAUUGGAUAGAUAAUACUAACCACAAUGAAAUGGUGCUGUUACUAGUUAACAUACCAGAAAGCUCUUGUUUGGGUUUGUAGUCAUACACGUUAUUAUAGACAGUGGGCAGUUAAUCCUCUCUGAUUUUAAGCAAUUGGCUCAGUGUAGCUUUUAAGUCUGCAAACAAAUAUAAUAAUGAACAGAUGGCCCUGCGUGGAGAGGCAGGUCAGAAAAUAAAAUAUAUGCCAGACCAACUUGCGUAUUAAGAGUUAGUACUGUACUUUUCAGAUCAGAAAAAUAUAUAUUGCCCUGAUUUUUAAAAGAAACUAAAAUUGCAUGUUUGUGUGUUUCAAAAUCCUGGUUUGUUGUGUUUUGCAACUUAACUUGGUUAGAUAGUUAAAUUAAAAAAAAAAAAAAAAAAAAA